UGAAAACCCGUUUGGACUCUUAAAAAGCAUUACAGAACAUCACGAGAAAGAAUCAGGCAGGAAAAAACCACGCCCGGGCUCGAAGGAAGUCCUCAAGCGUUGCAGUAGCUGCCUUGAUGGAGGGGAAAUCUGGAAGUGCACCCAAAAGGAUUGUUCCAUGUUUGUAUGCAUACAACGAGGCGGGUCUGGAUGUCUCAGGCUUCUUCGCGACGUAUCAGCGGAGGAGUUUAUAUGUCCUCGCUGCAUGAUCAAGGGGAAGAAGAAUGAUAUGCCUUACGAAGUCGAGAGCUAUUUUCGUGGAUCGCGGAUGAGUGAAAGAACAGAGAACCCCCUGUGGGUCGCAUCCUUAUCAACGUCGGACCAAUUCGUUAAAAAUAUAAUUCAUCGACACCUCCUGGCACAUUAUACCGAUUGUAAAGAGAAUUUGUUUGUGUGGACCCGCGACUUGAGGGAAUCUCUUUCGCCAACAGUGACCGAGAAGCCAAUACACUGGCUCAGCAUGGCCCGUGGCAUUGGGAGUGACAUAUUGGUUUUGGUCAAUGCACACUGCGAUGCAGACUCGGGCAGAGUGAUUCUGCCUCAGAGUCCACGUGCCUUACAAAUGACUAUGCGAACGGUUAUAUCUCAGAACUGCGGAGGAAAUGCGUUUGAGGAGAUCCUGAAAACCUCCACCGAGCGUGUUUUGGAAGGAUGGACUGUUGUACGAGGUGUUGUCAUCCUGGAAGGCAGAUCAUGUGUGAACGUUCGGGCAAGGCUAGAAGAACUCGUUGCCGAAGUUAAGAAUUUCCGUUUUGAUUUCAUACUGGUGUUCACGCACACAGACGUGAGUCAGAAGGACCUGACGAUCCCCCUCAUGAGGUUCAUAGAACACGUAUACGUCAACUGCAAAGAUCCAUGGCGAGCUCUCCUAGAUGCCUUUGGUGAUAAGGACAUCCUUUCCUACACCUCUCCGGUGCUAAUCUUCUCAAACUAUCAUGUGAUUGACGGGCGCAGACAGCGGGAGGGGAUAUAUACGCGGGUGCUGUCUCGGGUGAAUCACCGUAAUUUUGGCGAUGUGAUUGCGGUGCAAAAUUACCUCAGCUCUCCUUCAAUCACGUCGGUAAUAGAGGACCCAAUAACUGGAAGACAAAGAAGAUGAAGAUGAAUUGCACCAAAUGCAAGAAACCCACCACUAGGGUCUCAUGUCCUGAUUGGGUAGCUUCAUUCGAAGGGCAUAUGAAUUUAGUGUGGUACAAUUGGCCUUUGACUUCUGACAACGUCGAACAGCU